GCGAAUCAAACAGACUGGGGGGAGUAGCAGGAGAAGGAGGAGGAGGAGGAGGAGGAGGAGAUCCUCAACUUGGACUCCGGAGUGUGUGCUCCUCCUGGUGCGGUGCAGUCACAGCUCUACACCGGACCGGUAUGCAAUAUCCACGGAGGAGGAAGUGAGCCGCGCGACCGUAAAGAUGCAGGCGGAGGACAUGGAGGUACCUAUGAUUAAUAACCUUAACGAUAACGGCGACAGACAGAGGCCGAAAGGGAAAGAUGUGUUCAAGGAGCAGCAGAAGGAGUCGGAGAGCUCCAUGGAGUCUCCGAACCUGGAGUUUGAGUACGGAGACACUGACACACUCACUGCAGAGCUUUCAGAGCUCUACAGUUACACAGAGGAGCCUGAGUUUGCCCUGAACCGAGAUUACUUUGAGGAGGACUUCAGGAGCCAUGCCAAAGGCAGGAGGUGGAUCGAGCUGGCAGUGGAGGAGCAGAGGGCGUAUGUAAUGAGGCUGCUGGAUGCACUCGAGGUGACGGACAGGGACAAGAGGCUGAAGGUGGCCAGAGCCAUCCUUUACUUGGCUCAGGGAGUGUUUGACGAGUGUGACACAGAAGUGGACGUGCUGCACUGGUCCAGACACAAUGUUUUUCUGCUCUAUGACAUGGGUAUCUUUACAGCACUGUUGGAGCUGCUCAGCAUGGAGAUAGAUAACAGCCAGGCAUGCAGCAGUGCAGUGAGGAAACCGGCCAUCUCUCUUGCAGACAGCACUGAGCUCAGAGUGUUACUGAGCAUCAUGUACCUGAUGGUGGAAACCAUCAGAGUCCAAACAGAAGAUGACAGACCUGAGUGGAAAGCAGCCAGAGAGACCUUCAAGAAUGAGCUAGGUUCACCUCUGUACAAUGGCGAGCCCUUCGCUCUGCUCCUCUUCACCAUGGUAACCAAGUUUUGCAGCAUGAACGCACCUCAUUUCCCCAUGAAGAAAGUACUACUGCUGCUCUGGAAGACCAUACUGUUCACACUGGGGGGCUUUGAGGAGCUUCAGGAGAUGAAGGUGCGAGGUCGGGAGCGUUUGAACCUGCCUCCACUGCCUGAAGACAGCAUUAAGGUGGUCCGAGCCAUGAGAGCAGCGUCUCCCCCCGCGUCCGCCAUGGAGCUGAUUGAACAGCAGCAGCAGCAGAAAAGAGGCCGACGCAGCCGCAGGAGUGCCUUUGUUGAUAGCUUGGAAGGAGACAGUCCCUUUCCCAAGAAGCAGCCCCUGGUCAAACAGGACAGCCUGGACACCUACAAUGAACGAGACCCAUUUAAGAAUGAUGAUGCCCGCGAUGAAGAAGAAGACCCUGAGGAUACAGACAGCGGCAUCGAGGGCGAGGUGGACCCCCUGGAUCGUGAUGUCAUUAUACAACCCCCUCCGCCGCCACCUCCAUUAAGACCUCCUACAGAGAGGGUCAACUUCCCCAAAGGUCUCCCUUGGGCCCCUAAAGUCAGGGAGAAAGACAUAGAGCACUUCCUUGAGACCAGCAGAAACAAGUUCAUCGGGUUCACAUUGGGAAAUGACACAGAGACCCUUGUGGGCUUACCCCGACCCAUUCAUGAGAGUGUAAAGACUCUUAAACAGCACAAAUAUGUUUCCAUUGCUGAAGUCCAGAUCAAGAGGGAAGAUGAACUACAACAAUGUCCACUGACUCUGGGUGAAGAGGAGGUGGAGGAGACACCAGCAGAGAUUCUUUAUCUAGGCAUGCUUCCUAACCUCUCCCAGUAUGUGAUUGCACUCCUGAAGCUGCUACUGGCCGCAGCCCCAACCUCCAAAGCCAAAACUGACUCCAUUAACAUCCUGGCUGAUGUGCUGCCUGAGGAGAUGCCUAUCACAGUUCUUCAGAGCAUGAAACUAGGAAUUGACGUGAACCGUCACAAGGAAAUAAUUGUCAAGGCCAUCUCGGCACUGCUGCUGCUGCUCCUCAAACACUUCAAACUCAACCACAUCUAUCAGUUUGAGAUUGUCUCUCAGCACCUGGUGUUUGCCAACUGUAUCCCACUCAUCCUCAAGUUCUUCAACCAGAACAUCAUGUCCUAUAUCAGUGCCAAAAACAGUAUAUGUGUGCUGGACUUUCCCCACUGUGUGGUCCAUGAGAUGCCUGAACUCACAGCUGAGAGCCUGGAAGCAGGAGACAGCAACCAGUUCUGUUGGAGAAACCUGUUUUCUUGUAUCAACCUGCUGAGAAUCCUAAACAAACUGACCAAGUGGAAACACUCAAGGACCAUGAUGCUGGUGGUUUUCAAAUCCGCUCCCAUCCUGAAAAGAGCUCUGAAGGUGAAGCAGGCCAUGAUGCAGCUCUAUGUCCUCAAGCUGCUUAAAAUUCAGACCAAGUACCUGGGCCGUCAGUGGAGGAAGAGUAACAUGAAGACCAUGUCAGCCAUUUACCAGAAGGUCCGCCACAGACUCAAUGAUGACUGGGCCUACGGAAACGAUAUUGAUGCACGACCUUGGGACUUCCAAGCAGAGGAAUGCGCCUUGCGGGAGAGCAUCGAAAAGUUCAACAGUCGCCGUUAUGACAGGAACAAGAAUGGAGACUUCACGCCUGUGGACAACUGUUUGCAGAGUGUGCUGGGCCAGCGUGUGGAGCUGCCAGAGGACUUCCACUAUAGCUAUGAGAUGUGGCUAGAAAGAGAGGUCUUCUCACAGCCAAUCCAGUGGGAGGGACUCCUGCAGAACCCGUGAUGGAGAUGAGGGGAUGGAUGAAGGGUUGAGGUUGAAGACUGGCAAGAGCAGAGGUCAGGCCUGUCGAGGUUGUUAUUGGGCUGUAAAAUUAGGUCGAAUGGACAAUGGUUUUUCAAAUCACUGAUUGAGGGUAAAAUGGAAGAAAUGGGGAGAACAUGGAAGAGAAAAUGGAGCAAAAGUUGAGUAAAUGGAACUUCCUACUGUGAACUCAGCUCCCGCUUUGCCACCACAGACCGACACAAAUGAUGCCACAAACACAUACUUGCUGAGACGUGCCUAUGAUUACUGUGAAUACAUAUGGAUGUGACAGGCAGGAGCAGAGGUAGCAGUACAUGACAAACAUCUGGCACCACUGUAGCAGGAGGCUACUCUGGCCAGUUCUACUGCCCCCCAUGUCCUCAAUACUUUGUCCAUUUAUACUGUAUGUCUUUCUUUUUUAAAUAUCAGUGCUGGUUUGACUUCUUACUGAAUUUUACUGUUUUUUUUUUUUUUUUUAUAUUUAUUUGUAUUAAUGUGUGUCUUACUAUAAAUGAUUUUCAAAGAUGUACAUUUAAGUGUUUUCUAAUCAGUUUGCAUAUGGUUAUGUUGUGGGUUUUUUAUUUUAUUUUAUCACAAGGCCUAGGUAUUGGGAUAUAGUUUCCUGGAUCUGAAUGUUUUCUGAUGUUUUUUGUAGAAAAAAAAAAGCCUUUUGAAAGCAAAACACAGGGUCAUUUCAUCAUCCAGAUGUAAAAACAGGAGCCAUUUCCACUAGUGGCUUUAGUGGUUUCAGAUAUAUAACCCAAAGUAAGGGUGUACCAGCUGUAAGUACAAGGUGUGUUCAUGAACAUAACUGGUAUGUGUGUGCAGGUAGACAAAAAUAUUUAUUUAAGAAAUGGGCAGAAGUGAUGAGGAUGGUUUUGGAAUAUUCUGCUGGAACAAUCUAUUCUGAAUAAGUUGGAGCUUCCUAUGUGUGAAACAUAAAAUUGAUAUUGCACCAGAAUUGUUGUUAUUCAGUAUCUCUGAAUAUGCAAUCCAAAUUCAAGCAUUACACUGAUGUCAUCCAGGAUUUAUUUGUGUAAACAUUUACAAUUUGAGCAAACAUGAGAAUAACACUAACUCUGUUAAUCGGUUCAUUUUCACGUCCUGUUUCAGUACUUUUACAGGCCACCUUCCUCUCUCUGCUCGACAACAGCACAGUAUGUAAACCGCUGAGCUCCAAAUGGCCUUGGUGAGCAUUUUGCCACUCUUGCUUGGAAGAACACCCUAAACUAAAAAAAAAAAUGGUGCUGUUUUUUUCUAGUACGUCUUUACUCUACCUUCACCUGUGACUACCUAAGUGGAGUUUGCCCAUAAGAACUUUCUGGAAAUGUCUCCACGAAAGUACACACAAGCACAGAAGACAAAAAGCAUGGGCACCUUUUCAUAUUGUUGCUUGGUUCAGAUUAUCUACUUGUCAUGACGGUCAAGAGAUGUCAUGUAUUAUCUAUAGUGAAAUAAUUCAGUCCAAAACAUUCAGUCUUGACUUGUGCUUUUUUGUGGAAAUGUGCAUGGCCGCUGGUCUGUUAAAUAUCUGUGUUCAUACUUUUAUAUGGUAUUUGGAAUGGCUUUUUUCAGUCAAAUGACAUUUCCAGCAUAUUUUUUAUUUGAAUGUUACAGUGUUCUUUAUUGCAAGGAAUUCUAUUUAUUUUCUUCAUUAAAAUAAUAAUAUAAAAUGUAUAGACUCUCAGGUUUAUGGAGAUAAUAUAUAGCAAAAGUUUUAAAAGCUUCCUUGCCAUCCUCUAGUUCAUUACUUGUAUUCACAUUGUCACAUUCUGACAUCCAAGCAACACCUGAAAGCACUAAACAUUUACUGCAUAAGCUCUUGUUAGAUUGUUAGCACUGUUUCACUCACUAAACACAAUAACUGUCCGAGUUUUUAUGUCAGUUACAUUUCAAGUCUAGACACUUUUUGUAUCUUGUGCCAAAUUUGAGUGCCAUUUUCUAUUUGUGUUUUAUUGCCAUUGUCAUGUUAUUAUUGUCUGCCUUUUUUAAGGCUUGUCAUUCAAAUCACCACUAAAGAUUUGCAAUACAAAGUGUCAUUUUCUACCUGAAAAUUGUACAAUCAUUGAAAAUUGCUGUUUCUUGUAUCAGUACAAUAUUUUACCAGAAGUGUUUGGCAUUGUAUGGAUGUUACUGUGUAUGUGUUUUGUUAUACAUAUUUCCAUAUCUGUAUAGUCUAGAUUAAUACUCACUACUGAAUUUGUUCAGGGGUAUGUGCAAUUACUGAUCCAUAGAGGCAUUAUUCAAUAGAAUGACAAACUACAAUAUUAGAGUUGCUUAUUAAACAAUACUGAACCACU